UACGUCAGUAUUCACUCUGUUUAUUUCUUCAGUACGUACUCACCUCUCUCUCUGCUUAUAUCAAAUUAAUUUAAACAUCAAAAAAGAGGAAGAAGAAUAAGAAGAAAUUGGAGUUUGUCUGUGUUUAUAGUGAAAAAAAAAAAUGUCAUCAGCUCAAGUAGAUCCACAUGACAAAAUGAGGAGUAGAGAUGUUAACAAAGUAGCCAAAGGCGAACAAGCACCUCGCCCUGUUCAUGAAUUUGGCACUGUUUCUAAGCCGCCGCCUCCUUCCUCAACUGAUCACCUGUUUGAAACGGAAGAGAAAGCUAAAGCUAAUGCAAUUGCUGAUGAAAUUCGCCGUUGUUAUGCUUGUUUCCGCAGCUACCUUAUAUGCGUUGAAGAGAAGGGCAACAAGGACUUGGAGUGUGAGAAGCUUGGCAAGGCUUUCAAAUCAUCUUGUCCUUCAGAAUGGAUUGAAAAGUGGCAUGAAGAGAUACGUGGUUCGUAGAUAGGGGCUUCUGCAGUUUAUAAUGGCACUCUGCCUUUGCUAAUAGAGAGAGCUUUUAAUAACACUUGCAAUUUUUUAAAAAUUAUGAAAUGACACCAGAAACUUCCAUUUAGACAAUUCUAUAUGUUAUUACACUUGGUAUAAACUUUUUUUUCCUCUUAUA